AUGCUCACGCGGGUGAAGUCCGCCGUGGCCAGUUUCAUGGGCGGCAUCAUGGCUGGCGGCUCGGGCGCGGAGCAGGGCGGCGGCGGCGGCGGCGGCGGCUCGGACCUGCCCCUGCGCUUCCCCUACGGCCGGCCCGGGUUCCUGGCGCUCUCGCCCGACGAGGUCGAGUGCUCCGCCGACCACAUCGCCCGGCCCAUCCUCAUCCUCAACAAGGAGACCAAGCGCCUGCCCUGGACCACCGGAUACGCCGAGGUGAUCAAUGCAGGAAAAAGUACACACAACGAAGACCAGGCCAGUUGUGAAGUGGUUUCUGUAAAGAAGAAAACAGGAGUAACAAAUUCUACGCCAAACAAAAAUGUAUCCACCAAGCGGCGGUCAUCGUUGCCAAACGGGGAAGGGUUGCAACUAAAAGAGAAUUCAGAAUCAGACGGCCUCUCUUUCUACUACUGGUCAUUAUUUGAUGGGCACGCAGGAUCUGGAGCAGCUGUCGUAGCAUCGAGGGUCCUUCAGCACCACAUUGCGGAGCAGCUCCAGGAAAUUGUGGACAUCCUGAAAAAUUCUGCCAUUCCUCCCCCAACCUGCUUGGGGGAGGAUCCAGAAAACAUGACUGCUAACAGCCGAACUCUAACCAGAGCCGCCUCCUUGCGUGGGAGUGUUGGAGCUCCAGGCUCGCCUGGCACCCCACCAACUCGUUUCUUUACAGAGAAGAAGAUCUCCCAUGAGUGCCUCAUUAUAGGAGCCAUCGAAACAGCAUUCAGGGAAAUGGAUUUACAGAUAGAGCGAGAAAGGACUGUGUACAAUAUAUCUGGUGGUUGCACGGCCCUUAUUGUGGUGUAUUUACUAGGAAAGCUCUAUGUGGCAAAUGCUGGGGAUAGCAGGGCCAUAAUAAUCCGAAAUGGAGAAAUUAUUCCAAUGUCUUCAGAAUUCACUCCAGAAACAGAACGUCAACGUCUUCAGUAUCUGGCGUACAUGCAGCCCCAUCUGUUGGGAAAUGAGUUUACACACUUUGAGUUUCCAAGGAGGGUUCAGCGUAAGGAAGUUGGGAAAAGAAUGCUUUACAGAGAUUUUAACAUGACUGGCUGGGCAUACAAAACCAUUGAAGAAGAUGACUUGAAAUUUCCCCUUAUAUACGGAGAAGGCAAGAAGGCUCGUGUCAUGGCAACUAUUGGAGUUACGAGAGGACUUGGAGAUCACGACCUGAAGGUGCAUGACUCAAACAUCUACAUCAAGCCUUUUUUGUCUUCAUCUCCAGAGGUGAGAGUGUAUGAUCUUCUCCAGUUUGAGCACGGCCCAGAUGAUGUCCUGAUCUUAGCUACAGAUGGACUCUGGGAUGUACUAUUAAAUGAAGAAGUGGCAGAAGCUGUGACUAACUUCCUACCAAACUGUGACCCUGAUGAUCCCCACAGGUACACGUUAGCAGCUCAGGAUCUGGUAAUGCGAGCCAGGGGAGUGCUGAAAGACAGAGGCUGGAGAAUAUCCAAUGACAGACUGGGCUCAGGAGACGACAUUUCUGUGUACGUCAUCCCUUUAAUACAUGGGAACAAACUGUCAUAAAAGGAGCACCAAUACUUGUUGUGGGCAACGUGUGCUUUUCAGUAAGGACCUUUGGAAAAGGCAGGCUGCUAAGAAAUAACAAUAAUGAUUUUGGAUAUGUUCUAUUCUAAACUUGGCUGGACUGGGGAACAUUUCUACCUUAAUUGUAGGGGCUGGAUUGUAUAUGAUUGAAAGUAUCUUGUUGCAGCUUCCCUAUAUUAAUGUCUUUUGGUGUAUAUCAGGGCCAGAACUUCAAUGCUGCUAGCAUUAUUAGUGAUUC